GGGAAGCUGAGCGAGAGAGGCAGAGUCGAAAGAGGAGUGAAGUGUGAGUCACAUGCAAGCCAAAAGGAUGAAGGAACAGAAAAGCCCUGAGUAAGCAGAGAGCUGGUCCACAGAGACAAUGGAGCAUUUGCACAGACCGCUGUGCAGCUGGGAGAACAUGCAGUCCCAGAAGGAGAGGUGGAGAGAGGGAGCAACUGCCUGAGGAUCCGAUGGCUUCCCUGCUCCUGGCUCCAGCCCCCAUGCAUCCUGCCUGCGCAUCCUUCCCAGUGUUCAAGAAGGCGAGCCCCAAUGGAAAGCUCACCGUCUACCUGGGAAAGCGGGACUUUGUGGACCACAUUGACCUUGUGGACCCUGUGGAUGGCGUGGUCCUGGUGGAUCCUGAGUAUCUCAAAGAGAGGAGAGUCUACGUGACACUGACCUGCGCCUUCCGCUAUGGCCGGGAGGACCUAGAUGUCCUGGGCCUGACCUUUCGAAAAGACCUGUUUGUGGCCAAUGUGCAGUCCUUCCCACCAGCCCCAGAGGACAAGAAGCCCCUGACGCGGCUGCAGGAGCGCCUCAUCAAGAAGCUGGGCGAGCACGCGUACCCCUUCACCUUUGAGAUCCCUCUGAACCUCCCAUGCUCCGUGACGUUGCAGCCUGGGCCCGAAGACACGGGGAAGGCCUGUGGUGUGGACUAUGAAGUCAAAGCCUUCUGUGCAGAGAACCUGGAGGAGAAGAUCCACAAAAGAAAUUCUGUACGUCUGGUCAUCCGGAAGGUUCAGUAUGCCCCAGAGAGGCCGGGACCUCAGCCCACAGCCGAGACCACCAGGCAGUUCCUCAUGUCGGACAAGCCCUUGCACCUGGAAGCCUCCCUGGAUAAGGAGAUCUAUUACCAUGGAGAACCCAUCAGCGUCAAUGUCCACGUCACCAACAACACCAACAAGACGGUGAAGAAGAUCAAGAUCUCGGUGCGCCAGUACGCGGACAUCUGCCUCUUCAACACAGCGCAGUACAAGUGCCCCGUGGCCAUGGAAGAGGCUGAUGACACAGUGGCCCCCAGCUCAACAUUCUGCAAGGUCUACACGCUGACCCCCUUCCUGGCCAACAACCGGGAGAAGCGGGGCCUGGCCCUGGAUGGGAAGCUGAAGCAUGAGGACACGAACCUGGCCUCCAGCACCCUGUUGAGGGAAGGUGCCAACCGUGAGAUCCUGGGCAUCAUUGUUUCCUACAAAGUGAAAGUGAAGCUGGUGGUAUCUCGGGGCGGCCUGCUGGGAGAUCUUGCGUCCAGCGAUGUGGCUGUGGAACUGCCCUUCACCUUAAUGCACCCCAAACCCAAAGAAGAACCUCCACAUCGGGAAGUUCCAGAGAACGAGGCUCCAGUAGACACCAAUCUCAUAGAACUUGACACGAAUGAUGACGACAUUGUAUUUGAGGACUUUGCCCGCCAGAGACUGAAAGGCAUAAAGGACGACAAGGAGGAAGAGGAGGACGUUACCGGCUCUCCACACCUCAAUGACAGAUAGACUGGGGCCGGCCUUCCUCCGGGCAGCUCCAGUCCACUCUCCCACACUAGGAUGCUCAUUUGUCUUCUUCCUGUUCUGGUUUCCCUCCCCUUUGUUCUUCCAGUUUCUACCAGGGGGCUUAGUGGUCUCUAGGUCUUGGUGAUGGACCUCUGGCCUUGGGACUGGCCCGGCAUCAUCAUACCAACAGGACCGCAGUGCACUGAAUUCACCCUUCUCGGAAGUCACUCCUCUACUCCCUUCCCCCUUUUCAUGCUCAGUCCCAGAAAGGCCACCAUGAUGGUGUUGCUCUUGGGAUUUGGCUUGAAAUGGGGAGGGAGCAGGGGAGGGUGUGCAGGAGAGGUGUGGCAGUGGUGGGCAUGAGGACUCAGAGGGCAGGAGGGCUCAAGACAUAGGAGAAGAUGUCUGGAGUCCCAGGUGGCAGCAUGGUUCUGGCAGCUAAGGGAGAACCACGUGGAAGGCCCCCCGUCUGGCUGGAGGGGCAGAACUGUGGAUAGAUUCCCAAUGCCUUUUGCAGUUCGGACCCACCAAAGGCCUCUCCUCCUUCAUCCUUGCCCAGGUCGCUGCAUCCUUGCCCAGGUCAUCAUGCAUUGGUGAAGACCCAUACAUGCCAGAGUGGAGACAGACAGUGGGCUGACUUUCGUAUCAGCAGAUAACAGGGCUGAGGCAAGCUGUGUGAACUAGCUGAGUACAUUUCGGUGUUGUCGGACUGUGGCACCUUAGCUGCCGUGUGCUUUACAUGUGUGGACAUAGCUGUAUGUGCACAGAGGUGGAGGGAGAAGGGUCUUCAGCAAGCAGCAGCCACCAACAGGGGUGCUUUAGGCGGGGCUCUCAAAGUGGGGUGAGAGUCCACUUUCCCUUCCUUUCAUGGACUUAAGAUGAUCACCAGGAGACAGGCUGGAGGCCAGAGGUAGCUGGGCCACUAUAUCCCCCUUCCUUCCCCCUGUAGUUCUCCAGGACUGCCAGGCUGGGCCAGCCUUGCAAGUUGGGAGAGAGUCUGAGGCUACCAUGCCCUCUGUCACAAGGGGUCCUUCUCCAGUAGGUGUCUGGCUCCUUCAGGAUGCUCUUCCCCCAAAGGGAAGGAGGCUGCUUUUUUUCCCCCUUGGACUUCAGAAGUUCCCAGUGUCAUGGGUACCCUGUACCUAUCAGAUGUUGGUGUGAUGGAGACCUGGGACAUUUCUCAGGGAAACAGGCCAGAGAGAUGAUAAAGUAGAAAGUGUUAAAAGGUAUCUAUCCUUGUCUGGUCUUUGAUGCUGACUUGCUGUGUGUCCUUGGGCAAGUUUCUUUCUCUCUUUGGGCCUUAUUUAGUUCCUCACUGGAUAACCAAGAAGUUUGACCAGAUGAUCUCAAGAGUCCCUUGGGCUCUGGCUUCUGAGAAUCUGUGAGCACAAGAGCUUCUGGUGUGCUGGGUGGAGCUGGGGCUGCUCACUGCUCUAACCUUCAGACUUCAGAGGGCAGGGCCCAGCCCAGCACCCAGUCCCUCCUCCAGGCCUAGGAAGCACCCUUUUUGGGCCUCAGGAAGUUGCCUGGGGUCAUAGCCAGACAUAACAAGGAGGGACAGAGCUGUGUUUGCUGAGGCUUGGGUGGGGGGCUUACGAUGGAGCUUCCAGGGCAUCACAGCCCUGCCCCUCAGGAUUCAGACACCCUGAAGUUUAUCCAGGCAAAUACACCAAUUAGCAAGGCAAGGGGAUCUCUUCUCAAUUUUUGUUCCUUUCUGUCUCAAUCCCACACUUGCCUGCAAAGAGAGACAACAUACCUUAAUAUGUACAAGUUGGAUUGGAAUUUUUUUUAGCCUAGCACAUCCGGCAUUGGGCUGUGAAACCAUCAUCCAUGGUGAAAGAACCCAGUUACCUGGCCCUGCACCUUGUAAUCUCAUGAACACCCAACCCAAAGGACCCGCUUCCCAGGUCAGAACUGUGUAGGGUGGUCAUACUCCUCUGGCCAGUCUCGGGUCCUAUUUGCAAAUAUCCCAGGUGUCCAGCUCUUGCUAGAGCUGGCUGGGCAGUUUGUGCCCUAUCUGGACAGCUGUAGAGGUGUGGAAUGCUGAAUAGCAGAUGGCCAGCAUGUGCCUUCCACUGUCUCCAUCUGAAAGCUGAUAGAGAUCCUUUUGUGUUUGGCUUUACCAGUCUCCUGCGGGCCUCUUUUCCCAUCCUAACAUGUGCACACAGAAGAUUUGCCAGGCCAGUUUCUUGAGCUUCUUCCACCUCAACAUCACACUCACCUUUUCGGUUUAUCCCAGUGUUAACUGCAGUUUUCCCAGCUUUGGGGAAGCAGCAGAGCCCCCUGUCUUUUUGCUACCUUGAACCAAGACUACACAUGGCAGUGGUUAAAUUCAACUGAAUUCAGCCCAACCAUUUUUUGCUGACAGCUUCUUUGCUAUUUGCCUAGCACUGGAGACAGAGAUGGGUUGUCCUUAGGAAGCUCACAGCCAGAGCAAAGUUACAAGUAAGUAAGAAGAGGGCCAUUGCAUUCAAGCUUCCGUGGCUGCUCCUGGUCCAGGCUGUGCCUUGUGAAUUAGAACCCAGUACCACCUCCAGAGGUAUUUGGACCCAUGCUAAAAUGACAGGCUUGUGGGUCAUAUGUGGGUUGCAUUUUGGUGUCACUUGUGCCUUGGCCAGGUGUCUUGCUGUGGAACUGUGCUGCAGUGCUGUGGGACAUAGGCUGAAGUGUUUCCCUGGCAUCUUCCUGGAGGGGAGGACCUAACUCAUUGUUCCUGAUACCUCAGCUCCCUAACAUGACUGAAUGCCUCUCCUGUAGGGCUUCUGCAUGCUGGCCAGAUGAUACCCAAUUCCAUUAGGGGUGGGAGGGCCUCACUAGGCCCCAGACCCACAGUUUUUGUCUUUUUGUUUCCUGUGCCAAACCAGCAGCCCCACACUAGUACUUUCCUGUGGGCCGUGUGGGUGGCACAUUGACACCGAUCUGGUAGUAAGGAAGAACUUGCUGUGGGUGAAAUUACUAAGUAGAGAGCUAGCUGGACUUGCUUAGCAAUCCAACCAAGAAAGAGUUCAGUCCCUGGGAAGAUAAGGACUGAGUUAGUUGGCAGGGCCCCAUGGCCUCUUCAGCCUUAAAGCCCAGACAAACGAGUGAGCUCACCUGGGUUUUAGUUUGCUUGGGAGAACAGCUGACAGCUGGUCCCAUAUGAUGCAAUAAUGUUACUUUGGAAGUCCCCAGUGCCACCUUUCAGUCCUGGCUGUCAUCAACCAUGUGGGUGGUCUUGAGCAAGUGACUCAGAUUAAUGGGCUCAGUUUCCUUACCUGAACUGGAACAAUAACCUUUACCUGCCUGACAGGCACUGUGGUGAGGCCCAGAGGAGAUAGAAAUCGGUGGCCAGUUGUCUUUUAAGUAUCCUGGGUGUAGCCCUGCAAGUACAAGGGCAUGGCCCAAGGUCACACAGGAAUUUUGCUGUGAGCUGAGCCCUCUUCCCGCCAGUCUUCCACUCUUGGUCUGCUUCUCACAUAGGUAGAUGUCAGCCAGAAUGAGAUUCAAUCAAUUUGGCCUCGGUGACGCAACUGAGAGGGAUAUGUGGACACUACUCAUGACUUCCAAGCCCAGGAUUCAGGACAGAGAAGACAUGGAUGUUGUUAGUGGCAGACAGAGGCAUUGUAGGCCUCCCAGGCCUGGGCCAUCCACAUUUCCCAUUUCUCACCUCACAGAGGUCAAGAAGCCCUGGCCAUGACCCCAGGUCAGGGAGCUGACUCCAUCAUUGCUCCAUCAAAGAUAUCCAAAGGUCAUCCCUGAUGGUUUUAGUGACUCAGAGAGGUAGCUCUCUCUUGUCAGUGACUAAGACCUGGACAACCUCCACCAUCCAGGAGGAAGAGGGAGGCUGCCAUUUUGAACUCCUGUAGGGUCUCAUGGACACAGGCCUGUGCCUGUUCUGAUAUUUUUCUUUUUAAACUCAAUAAGGACCAAAAGAGACUUCCCUGAUCCUCACUCGUUUAGCCUGCCUGGAGCCUGCAUUUUGCCAUCAUCUUGGACCUGGCAGCUCCAUCACCUUUGCCGUUCCUCCUGGCUGGAAAUGGCCAAUUUAUGGGGCAGAUGCCCAACUCUGCCUUACCCUGUAGGGUCAUGGCACAGCAGCUUCAAAGGGAAACCUGCAGGAGGGGAAGUACCUUCCCCCAACGCUCUCCCAACUCGUUACCCCAAAAGAGAAGUCAAAGCACAGGUCCCUGGGACCCAUGAUCUGCAGAUGCUCUGUCACAGUAGUUUUCCAACCAGGUACUGUGGAACCCCUGGUAUGCCACAGGGCUUUGUCAGGGGAUGCUCUGUGGGGGAGAUGGGUGGAGGCAAGCGAGGGCUGAGUCUGCAGCCCUUCAUCCCCCCGCCCCCCAGAAAAACUCUGCUUUUAUCUCCUGCCUACUGAGGUUUCACUUUCAAACUCUGUUUUGAAGAAAAACUUCAAACCACCAUUCUGGGGUUUGAUCCUAGACCAGCAAGCACAGGUUCUAUUCUUGCUUUUCAUGUUGGAGCAGUUUCAGCAUUCCAAUACAAAGCGUCUUUGUAUUGAUCUUGGGUCACACACCCAGCGCUCUCUCUCUCUCUCUCUCUGUCUCUCUUUCACACACACACACACACACACACACACACACACACACACACACACGUACAUAUUUGAUGGUUUUCCAGCCAAUCCCCUCUGUAGCUCUGGCCUGGGUUUGGUGUAGGCAGGGCCUGGUGCUCAGUGAGGGUGGAGCUUGUCCCUUGAUACUGGACCAUGGAGCAAGGAAACAGGUCCAGUCCCCAGCCAGGACUGUGACACCCCACUUCUGACCCAGACCCAGGGAUGACAGUGGGAGCGGUCUGAGGGGAAAGGGAGAAGCUAGAGCCAGGUUUCUCUUUGUCCACAGCCAGAUAGCUGGAAAUCCAGGCUCGAAGGACACUCGUACUGAGGGCAGGAUUUCCCCCAGAGACCUUUUAAGCAGCAAGUUUCCCUCACAUAGUUUAGUAGGAUUCUGCGCCCACAUUUGUGAGCCAACAAGUAUAUGAACUGCAGGAGGCUCUUGUUCCCAAAGAGAGGCACCUGCAGCCUCCCAACUUCGCUGCCCCUCUGCCAAGGUUCCUGUCUAGGGCUCCCUAAUGUGGGCAUUUUGGUGAGACUUGGACCAGCCCUUGGCACAGAAUCCUGCUUGGGCCCACCUUUCAGGGCAGUCUAGGUGAGAACAUGAAACUCAGGGAACUGCAAGCCGCCUGGCAUGAUGGGAAGAGUGCCAAGUGGCACUUUAUGUUGAGUGUGAAUGUGCCCCUGGGAAUGCCACUGGCUUCAGUUUCCCACGUGUACAUGGGGUUAUUCCCAGGAUCAGCCCAUCUAUUAGGGACUCUUGCAAGGGCCAUAGGGGAGGUGGUAGGAGAGGACGUCCAGUGAGGUGGCAGCAUAUAAGAGUCAGGUGCCUCAUAAACUUGGUCGAGGUCCUGGCCUGCAACAGUCUAUAGAGCCUUGGGGUAAGCGAGAGGACGGCCAUGUUAAGGCCUAGUCACAGAUGCCUCAGGGCUGCCACUUGCUACAAGUGGGAGGGAACCAAGGUGUGUGUCCUGGGAAGGAGGGAGGGGUGGCCAGGGCAGACUCCAAGUCUGUGGCGUUCAUAUUCUGUGACUAUUCUGUGGCAUUUAUUCCUGGGUCACCUCCAGGGUAAUUUGUUGUAUCUGUGACAUCCCUUAUUCUGUCAGAUAAGUUAUUAUAGUUUAUUCAACUCCAACAGGACUAAUGAACAAAAGAACCAUAAAUAGGAGGCCAUUAAAGGUCUUUUAUAACA